ACAUGGAGAGGAGAAGCGAAAGACGAUUUCUUCAACAGCAAUGCGAAGGAGUAGUCCUCUUCUUAAUUUUCUCGCACCAACUACAAUGCAUCAUCACCAAUACCAAUGAAUGGAUUCCUUCUCCUCCUCUCCUCCCCCUUUUUUUUAAAUUUCUUUUCCUUACCAAAAACAACAAUAACAACUACAGCUCCACCACCACCAUUCACUUUCAUUAUUAUGGCAAUUAUUAUUCUUAUUCCCGUUUCCUUUCUCUCUCACUCAUCCCUCUCUCUUUCAUUAUUAUUGUCACCAUCCCUUCUCCCCAUUUCCCCUAAUUUCAACUAAGCAAUCCCAAUACCCCAUUCUUCCCUACCAAGAUUGGAUUUUUAUCUCAAUCAGAGCUCAAUUUGGAAAAUGCUAGGAGGAGGAGGAGGAAGUAACGGGAAUCCAAUGUUCCCUGGUUAUGUGGAGGAAAAUCGUGCCCAAUACAAUAACAAUACAUUGCCUCAACUGCAGCUUUUUGCAAAUGUUCCAAUUCAGUGUGGUGCUGGCGUUGGGACCAUAAAUCAUGUCGGGAACAGGCACGCGCCAGCUGGCAACCACCCUAUCAACAGAGGUGGGGAUGGAGAUACCCUGUCCAUGCAGCAGAAGCUUCACAUAUCUUUGAACAACAACUUCUGUCAGGACGAAGCUGGCCGUAUUGGCACUGUUCUGAACCCCAAUCCCGUAUCAACGGGGCUCAAGCUCUCGUAUGAGGAAGAAGAGCGCAACUCCUCUGUCACUUCUGCUUGUGAGAACAUGAAAACCAAUGUCCCUUCUGUGCUUUCCUUUGGCAACUCCGUCAAAAUGGAGAUUGAUCGACAGACUGAAGAAUUCAGCCGGUACAUCAAACUCCAGGAAGAGAGUGUCUUGAAGGGAGUACGAGAGAUAAACCAAAGGCACUCGGUCUCUCUGCUAAACGCCCUCGAAAAGGGGGUGCACAGGAAACUGCAAGAGAAGGAGCUCGAGAUCGAGAGCAUGAACCGGAAGAACAAGGAGCUCGGCGACAGGAUAAAGCAGGUGGCCAUGGAGGCACAGUCGUGGCACUACAGAGCAAAAUACAACGAGUCAGUUGUGAACGUGCUCAAGAGCAACAUCCAGCAGCUGAUGGAGCAAGGCACGGCCCAGGCCCGCGAGGGAUCCGGGGACAGUGAGGUGGACGAUGCAGUGUCAAGCUCGAAUCACCAGAGAGUAAUCCCAAACGACUCCAAAAACAAGCACCCUCCGAGAUGCAGGGCUUGCAACACGAAACAGGUGUCCGUGCUGAUCCUGCCUUGCCGGCAUCUGUGCCUGUGCACGGAUUGCGAAGGGUUCAUCGACGUCUGCCCCGUGUGCCAGGUAAUGAAGACUGCUAGUGUUCAUGUAUACAUGUAGCAAAGAAGUGUAUCUGAGCACUUGCAAUCUGUUGAUGAAGCUGUAAAAACUGGUUUCUUUCAAGAAUUGCUUAUAAAAUUACUCAUGUUUGAUUCUUCCAAGAGGAAAAAGAAAUGGAAUUAUGACCAUUUUGCAUCA